GCACGUCCCCCACGCGGCGCGGGCCACGCACGACCCAGCACUUAACCUCUACCCGCCCGGCGCAAAGUGAAAGGCCCGGCGGGCGCGGGCAGCGCGCACUCGGGCGGGAGCGGAGCUUGCGGCCGGCCCGGCCGACCAUGACUUGCUACCGGGGCCUCCUGCUGGGCAGCUGUCGGCGCGUGGCGGGCUGUGGCGGCCGCCCGGACGGCGGCUUCCGCCCCUCGCGGGUGGUGGUGGUGGCCAAAACCACCCGGUACGAGUUCGAGCAGCAGCGGUACCGCUACGCGGAGCUCUCGGAGGAGGACCUGAAGCAGCUGCUUGCAUUAAAAGGCUCUAGCUACAGUGGAUUACUUGAACGACAUCAUAUUCACACCAAAAAUGUACAGCAUAUUGUAGAUAGCUUGCGGAAUGAAGGAAUUGAGGUUCGUCUAGUAAAGAGGAGAGAAUAUAAUGAAGAGACUGUGCGAUGGGCAGAUGCUGUCAUAGCUGCAGGAGGUGAUGGUACGAUGCUUCUGGCAGCAAGUAAAGUCUUAGACAGACUUAAGCCAGUUAUCGGGGUUAACACUGAUCCAGAACGGUCUGAAGGUCACCUGUGUCUGCCUGUUAGAUAUACACAUUCCUUCCCAGAAGCCUUACAGAAGUUCUGUCGUGGUGAGUUCAGGUGGUUAUGGAGGCAGCGUAUCAGGUUAUAUCUUGAAGGGACUGGCAUCAACCCCGUUCCUGUGGACCUUCACGAACAGCAGCUGAGUUUGAAUCAGCAUAGCAGAGCCUUCAACAUUGAGAGAGUCAAUAAUGAAAGGUCUGAGGUUUCAGGACCCCAGCUUUUGCCAGUGAGAGCACUAAAUGAAGUCUUCAUUGGGGAGAGUCUGUCAUCCAGAAUGUCUUAUUCUUGGGCUGUAGCAGUGGACAGUUUAAGAAGAACUAUCCCCACCCUAAAGGGACUGGCAUCCUACUAUGAGAUCUCAGUGGAUGAUGGCCCGUGGGAAAAACAGAAGAGUUCAGGGCUCAAUUUGUGUACUGGGACAGGAUCAAAGGCCUGGUCUUUCAAUAUUAACAGGGUUGCAACUCAGGCUGUGGAAGAUGUUUUAAAUAUUGCAAAACGACAAGGAAAUUUGAAUCUUCCAUUGAACAGAGAAUUGGUAGAGAAAGUAACAAAUGAAUAUAAUGAGUCACUGCUGUACAGUCCAGAAGAACCAAAAAUACUUUUCAGUAUCAGAGAACCAAUAGCAAACCGAGUUUUCUCCAGCAGCCGCCAGCGUUGUUUCUCCUCAAAGGUUUGUGUUCGUUCUCGUUGUUGGGAUGCCUGCAUGGUUGUGGAUGGAGGAACUUCUUUUGAGUUUAAUGAUGGGGCAAUUGCUUCAAUGAUGAUUAAUAAAGAAGAUGAGCUUCGAACUGUGCUUCUAGAACAGUGAAGGAUUUCCUCAGAUGACAAGCUUCGAUUACUGAAAAGAUACUUUUAUUGCAGAAACAGAGUACCAGUCAUAAAGCUUUUUUUUUUAUUAUUACUGAGACUAGUUGCCUUGGGCUCAAAGGUAACAAAGAAAAUGAGAUUCUUCUGUUGGAUUCUGAUAGAGAAAAGAUGGUGAUGAUAUGAAAAAGUAGAUGGACUAAACGGAUUAGAGUUGAGACCAGUGAAUUUUUUUUUUUAUUAUUUACAAUUGGUAACCAAGAGUGUUGUAUCUUUUUAAUUUAGAAGCAGGUUUAAAUAAAGGAUUAAGUGUGUAGGAUUUGAAAUUUUAACUGUACAGGUGGUAUUUUCUUCCCUUUCUUUGUGCAAUUGCUCACAUUAUCAUUUAAGUGCUUAUUUUCAUAGUACCUAAAAGUAAAGAUUUUUAAAAAUUUUGAUAGAGAAUUUUGAUAAAUCCUGACAUUGACCUAAUUGAAGUAGGUUAAAUGUGUUUUUUAUAUGUGAUAAGAAUUUUCUAAUUUCAAAACACAAUGAUGUGAUCUUUGAUUUAAAAAUUUCAGUAAUUUUUGAAAUUAUUUAUAGAUGAAUAUUUUCAUUUUUCAUUCUCAAUUUCAAUAAUGCCAGGUAAAACACCUCUGUUGGGACAUAAUCAUGAUGUUGUUACAGAUAUACUAAAAUAGCUACUUUAGAUCAGACAAUCUUUUUAAAAAGAUGAUUUUGAGUCCAAUAGGUCUCUUCUGUCUUUAAAAGUGUCUUAACAUGGAUUCAGGGACUAAAGGGAAUGAAUUGAUGAGACAUGGUUUCUUAGGAAUUGGGCAAAAUCUGUAAAAAGUAUUUUUAUCAAAUGGAAUACUGUCAUAAGGAGAAUGAAUUCUUUUAGUAAAUAUGUAAAACAUUAAUUCUGGAAUGGCUUCAUUGAGUAUUGUGGGUUUAAGUUAUCUGAACAUUUCACAUUUUACAUAAUAAUUUUGUGGGGUAAAAUGUGAUGACUUCCCUUUUUUCCCCAUUAUGAGAAUUUCUUUAGUCCUUGAAGAAAUUUUUAUUUAAUCCUUGGAUCUACUUAUAAUGUUAUCCUGUAGUUUUUCACAAAAAUUGUAUUGCUGAAUAAUGAAAUGCCAUUUAUCCAAAGUUGUGUUUUUUUCACUCACAGGUGAAAUUUUUGUUGUCACCGACACAUACUUAUUAAAUGCCCACUCUGUAUCAUGUAUUACUAGGUGCUGGAUACAUGUUGAUGAAUAAAACAUACUCUAACUAGAAUUUCAGACCAGUAAGCUCAGAAGUAAAAUUCUUUGGAAGCUAGGAUGUAUAGUGAACUUGAGUGCUUAGUUUUGCCACCAGUGUUUAACGUGUUGCUCUUGUCAAAAAUUUUUAAAAAUAAAUGUUAAGGUAAAAAUUUAAUCUAGAUUUUGAUGUAUACUUCUAAGAGUCUGUUGUCCUUUUUUAAGUUAGGAAUAAUCUGCAUAAAUACAGAAAGUUAUUUACAUCAUGAGUCACAUGGAAAUAAAAUAAAAAUUAAUGUUUUGCUUUGGAUAUAAGUUCCUGUUGGACUUAAAAUGAAAUAUGUAAGAUACCACUUUAUAAAGAAGUUAAAAUUCCACAAUAUAGAAUCUCCCUUAGCAGGUUUAAAAAUACCUUGAGAAAAAUGCCAAUUUAAUAAUCUCUCAAGGAUAUUGACUGGAAUACUGAUUGUCUGGUUGCCCAUGUGCUACCAUAGAUCUGUUAAAAUGUAUCAUAUUAAUAGGCGGCCUGCUGUGUGAAACUGUGCAGAUGCCAUACUUUAACAGUUCUUAAUAUGCUCCCUUUGCAGUAGAACUUCUGCUCUGUGGUGGGAAUUUAUUUGUAAGAGAUGAGAAACAGGAUGUUAGAAUAGCCAAAAUGUUUAUAUGAAUGAGUUAAGCUUUUAAUGGUCACUAUAUGUGAAUAAAAUUAAACCAUUAUUA